AUGCUCCAAGAUCUCUCAUUUCCUCUACUUACUUGUUUCUUCUUCCUCUUCAUCCUGCUUAAUAUUUGGACGAAAUCUAAAGCCAAAUGCCAAAACCAUAAGUUGCCCCCAGGGCCAUGGAAACUGCCUCUUAUUGGGAACUUGCACCAACUGGCUUCUUCUUCAUCACAACCACAUCAUUUCUUGGGAGACUUGGCCAAGAAACAUGGACCCAUCAUGAAAUUGCAGCUGGGUGAGGUGUCAGCUAUAAUCAUUUCAUCACCAAAUUCAGCAAAAGAGUUGCUCAAGACACAUGACACCAUAUUUGCAAAUCAGCCUAGGAUUCUUGCUGCUGAAGUUGUAUCCUAUGAUUCUUUAGGUGUAUUCUUUACUCCCUUUGGUGAUUAUUGGAGACAAAUUCGAAAGAUUUAUGUCAUGGAGCUCUUGAGUGCCAUGCGUGUCCAGUCAUUUAGAACAAUAAGAGAAGAAGAGGUGUUGAAUCUUAUCAAAUCCGUUUCUUUGUCUGGGGGACUUCCAAUAAAUCUAAGUGAGAAAGUCUUCUCCUUGAUGAAUAGAAUAAUUUCCAGGGCAGCAUUUGGGAAGGAGUGCAAAUAUGAAAAUGAGUUGAUAUAUUUGCUUAAGGAAGCUAAUAGUCUUACAGGAGUCUUUAACUUGUUUGAUGUGUUCCCUUCACUAAAGUUUCUUAGUUUCCUUACUUCAUUGGAGAAAAUACGCAAAAAUUUGGACAAGAUUCUGGAUGACAUAAUCAAGGACAAGAUGCAAACAAGUGCUGCCACUUUAGCCAGCAAUGACGACUCAGGUGGUAAUGAUGUUGUUGAUGUGCUUCUGGAACACUGGGGGACAAGCGAGCUUGACUCUAAUAUGGGGAGAAACCACAUCAAAGCUAUCACUCUGGAGGUCAUCUUUGCAGGAAGUGAGACUUCAGCAACUACAAUAGAAUGGGCAAUGUCAGAAUUGUUGAGAAAUCCAAGAGUGUUGGAGAAGGCACAAGCUGUAGUGAGGCGAGUCCUUGGGGGGAGUGAGAACAUUGACGAGACAGAUAUUCAAAAACUAGAUUACUUGAAAUUAGUUGUUAAAGAAACUCUGCGAUUACACCCUCCUGUUGCCUUAAUCCCAAGAGAAUCAAGUGAAAAGCGUGAACUUAGUGGGUAUAUGAUUCCAAGCAACACAAAAGUAUUCAUUAAUGUUUGGGCCAUUGGUAGAGAUCCCGAAUAUUGGAUUGAUGCUGAUUGCUUUCGCCCAGAGAGGUUCAACAAUUCUUGUAUUGAUUUUAAAGAUAUAAACUUCGAAUACAUUCCUUUUGGAGGUGGUAAGAGGAUAUGUCCAGGCAUAUCAUUUGCUUUAGCUGCCAUUGAACUUACUCUUUCUCAGUUGUUGUAUCACUUCAACUGGAAACUCCCCAAUGAGAUCAAACCAGAAGAACUUGACAUGUCUGAGCUUCUCGGAUUGGCUUGUAAGAGAAGGAAUGAUUUGUGCCUAGUUGCCACUCCUUGGAUGUCUCCUCUUAGUUGAAGACAAUGAAUAAGGAUGUCAUACCUGCAAUUGCAUUGUAUUGGCAAUUGAAUCUUUAUGUUACAAUUCUUGCUGUGUUAGUAUUGGAAUCUCUGCCUACCUCUCUCGGAUUAUUGAGAGUAGUAUUGUGUUAGUCUUUACUUUUAUGUAAGAAUCCUAGUCCUAGUUCAAGUGGGACUAUAAGUCUUAAUCCUAGUCUAAGUUAGUGUUGUAGCCUCUAUUUUAGUGCAACAUUAGAAUAAAGUAUGGGCGGAGACUUAUUCUAUAAAAUCAA